AAGCUGGUGUUAUGUAACGGAUACGCUGCCUCUCAUCCUAAUGUGGUGUUACUCGAAAGUUUACAGGCAACAGUUCUGACUCAGGUCCGGUCUGUGAACAUGGAAUAGGCUGUGCGAUCAUUUCCAGAAGUCCGUCUGCAGAUGGAGGAGCGGAGGAUUUUUUUGAGGAAAUUGGCCUUUGGAGCUGAUUUUUAGCCAAAGAACUGUCUCACAGCCUUCAACCUAAUUGAAAACUGACCUUAAACACUGACAAGGAUCAAGUCUUUCUUGGUUAAUAUUCAACUGUAGGAGCUUCUUGCUGUGUUUGAGAGGGGGGGAUCUGGAGAUGAGACUUUGCGUUUAGAUUUUGAAAGCAGACAGACAGACUGACUGACUGACUGACUGAGGGACAUGGGCAGCGGUCCGAGCCGAGGGAAGAAAGUUGCACCUGCGUGUGUCAGCGAGGUGAACGUGACAAAACCAGCUGCCGGUGUCACUUCGCCCAAACAGGACAGCCGUCCGUUCAAGCCUCUCAAAAUCCAUGCAAUUUUGCGCAACGCGCGCAACCGUGCGCAACCGGACUGCCACAGCGAGGGGCACGACUCUGACUUCUCCGGGGAGGACGACGAUAUUGAUGGAGAACUGGACACGGUUCUUGCAGAUUAUGAGGAGCGAGAGAGGGUUUCUGUGAAGAAAACACCUCCCAAGAGGACUUUUAUGAAAUCUAAAACUUACGGACUGUGUCACUUCAGCCGGGAGGACACAGAGGACGAGUUCAGCUCAGCUCCCCGGCUGAGAGCGUCGGGAAGAGCCGAGGAGCCACGUGGCUCACACGGUGGAUCCAGAGGUGUAAACAAGACGAGCAACGAUGCUUUCACACACUUUAAAAACCACACAACUCCGUGCCCCAGUCAGCACAAUGGUGUUUCCACAAGAGGGGCUUUGCAGGAAGCUGUUCCCACAUCAGAGAAACAAUCGACUUUUGGCAGCUGCCAUAGCUCCUCUCUCACCAUGCCAGUCAUCCUGUACGAUGGAUCAGAAGAGGAGCUGAUGGACACUAUUGAGAGGGAGUUUAGUUGACCCCCAACAGAGAAUGCUGCAGCAAAGCUACUGUCCUUUUCAGCUGCCUUGAUGGGAUACAGCAGUUUGCAGAGGAGUUUUUUAAGAAAAAAAAAAGGGAACCAGGGUUUCUUUUGACAAAUUCCCUGCUACAUGGGAAGGCUGCCUCACUGUAUUUAUGCAGGCUGUCCUGGAUAAAUCUAACACUGUUUGUUUUGUACUUAAACAGCUGCACUCCAGACCUUUGCAUUGACUCAAGUCUUACUUAACAGCAAGAAGCAGUGUAAUUGCAGAGUUAUAACACCAGCUUGAACAGAUGCCAGGAGGUUGUCCUCUCAGACACCAGAGCUGUGAACUGACAGAGGCCUUCUUGGUUUAGUGUCUGCAGCUAAGGUGUCACUGUCACCCUCUCAGUCCUGCUGGGCUCCCACGGUGCAUGCACCUACUUAUUUGUUACCUAUUACUUAUUUUACUUUAACUUGUCUGUUAAUAGGUGAAGGAGAGAACACAUAUUUCUCACAGCAGUUUUGCAAAUUUCAGCAGUAAAGACCGUGUGACUAUGCAAAGCUCACAUUUUCCACCAGCAGUUUGGUGCACACAGUAUAGGGCUAUAGUUUUCCACAAGUGGCAACCCUGCAAAGGUAUGAACUGGGACUGUUUAUUUAAGGUUUCCUUCCUGACCACAGUUCCUGCACUUCUCCACCCUUAUAAAGAAGGAAUGUGCGGCAACAGAGAGACUUUCAGUCAGGCUCAGUUUGACCCAGCUGCAUUUCCCCUGCUGACUCAGCCACAUUCAACCAUAAAGGCCUGCUGCCACUUAGUGGUGGAAUAGAGCAGUUUUUGUGCAUGAACACAUACUUGAAACACACACUGUAUGUGUCAACAAACUGCACUUUUUUAAGGACUAAGUAUUUCAAUCGAGAAGGAUUUUGUAAUUUUGAUUUAUAUGCAAAUAAAAACUGACCAUGCUGUA